AGCGGUGAUAUUACAGGGUUUCCACGUGGGAUCGUCCUCAGUACACCAUGCCAAAAAAAGGCAGAACCGCAGUGAACGAUCAUGAGAAGCAGAAGGACACGGCGGUACCAGCUAAGCAGAGAAAGAAGGAUGAUAUCAGCCCACGUUCUCCGCUGUGCUUCGACUCUCCAGCCAGUCUGUUCCAGAGUCUGAUCUCUCCCGUGCAGGCGGACGAGUUCUUCCGUGAUUACUGGGAGAAGAAGCCACUACACCUGCAGAGAUCAGAUCCAGAUAUCGCUUCAUACUAUCAGUCACUUUUUCAGCUGUCUGAUCUUAAACAGCUGUGCGCUCAGGGCCUGGAGUACACCCGAGACCUGAACGCGGUCUGCUGUAAAGACGGCGCCAAGUCGGUCAUGAACAAUGAAGGAAAGGUUAAAUACACUCAGCUGAAAAAGCAGUUUGAUCAAAAGAAGGCCACCAUACAGUUUCACCAGCCGCAGAGAUUUAAGGAUGAGCUGUGGCGUAUACAGGAGCGUUUGGAGUCUUUCUUCGGGGCGCUGGUAGGCUCCAACGUCUACAUCACACCUGAAAAAUCUCAGGGUCUGCCUCCCCACUAUGACGACGUGGAGGUGUUUAUCCUGCAGCUCGAGGGUCAGAAGCACUGGAGACUUUAUGAGCCCACUGUCCCAUUGGCACGAGAAUACAGCGUGGAGCCUGAGGAGCGCAUUGGAAAGCCCACUCAUGACAUCUUACUUAAGGCCGGUGAUCUGCUGUACUUUCCCAGAGGAACUAUCCACCAAGCCGACACCCCUGCAGGAGUAACACACUCCACACACCUGACUCUCAGCACCUACCAGCACAUGUCGUUGGGAGACUUUGUGUUAGACGUGUUUCCCGGUUUGAUGAUGGACUCGAUGAACAGUGAUGUCAGUCUGCGUCGUGGUUUACCCAGAAACCUUCUCACUUCUGUAAGCACGAGUUCAGACGUAAGGAAGCAGGUUUGUGCGUUUCUGAGGGCACAAGCCGAGCGCUUGGAGCAGGACGGUCAGGAUCUUCGUUCCUGUGAAAUGAAGAGAGAUUUUAUCACCAACAGACUCCCUCCGUACCGGCUACAGGAGGAGGAUCUUUCUCCAGUUGGGAAGUUGCCGGGGCUGGAGGACUCGGUGUGUGUCCGGUUCAGAGAGCACAUUGUUCUCAUACAGGAGCCCAGUUCAGAAAACAUGGAUGAAGCCACCAAGUUAGCCGUGUUCGUCUUACACUCUUUAAGGAACAAGAGGGAAACUCACAUGAUGGGGGCUCGAGAUGAACACGAUGACUGUAGUGGUUGUGACGAUGAAGAAUGUGAAUCAGAAGAGGAACCGACAGCACAGGGUCUGGAGUUUCCUCUAUCGUACCUUCCUGCUCUGCAGCAGCUCCUGAGUGGAGAGCGCCUCCAUGUGGCUGAUCUGCCAAUGCAAGAGGACGCUGAUAAACUGGGCCUGGUGCUGGGGCUCUGGACACAAGGACUGCUGCAAGCCUGCUAACAGUCUGCUUUCUCAUUCAACUUAAUACAGACUCGAACAUGAAUAGCCUUCUGUGUAUUAUGUGGACUUAAAAUACAGACAACCUUAUUAAAAUACAUCUUUUGAA